GCGACUGGUGCCCCGGCUUGGUCUGGCACUCCCAUUCACCUGCUCCACCAUCCCGCCGCGGCCACGCCUGCCAUGUUCCGCACGCGCCCCCUGGUCGUCAGCACACCUCAUAGCGACUGGUUGUUCGGUUGUUCCGCCGUUCGGUCUAUUUGCAUAUUAGGGUUUAUAUAGAUUUAAGAUGGACAUUGUGCUGAUGCCACUUUUCUUUCUACUUAACAGGGAGAAAGAACAAGAAACACAAAAAGAGGAACGUUUGAUGGAAGAAAAGAAAAAGAAAAAGCAGGAAGAAAAGAAAAAGAAGGAAGGUGCUCAGAAAAAGGCUGCUGAUCAAAAAACCAAAGUGCCAGAACCUACCAAGACCUGUUCCAGCCAGCCCCAGCCUGCCGGUACCGGGACCAGUACUUCCACCAGCACUCUCUCCAGCAGCAGCAAUGGCAAGCGCGCACCUGCCGGCGGCCAGCAGCCAGCUGUGUCCCGCUACCUGCCUCGUGAGGUGCCGCCACGCUUCCGCCAGCAAGAACAGAAGCAGCUGCUGAAGAGAGGCCAGCCGUUGCCCACGGGGGCUCUGACCAGUGCGAGCCCAGCCCCGGGCGCUGGGCCUGCAGGGGUGAGCCCUCCGCCCCUCCCUGGAGCCGGAGCGCAGCAGCAGCAGCCCAGUAAGCUGCAGCCAGAUCUCAGUCACGGCGGAUUGGCAGAUCAUUAUGAAAGUUCCCACUGGGCACAGCAGCCCGCGUUCCGGAGCGAAGCCAGCUGCAGCUGGGAUAAAGUGAUCAUAGACAGGACCGAUCAGGAGGCGUGGCCCUCCAUCCCCGGGACGGAGCCGGAGGCGGCCUCAGCAUGCACUACGGACACUGACUACGCCCCCCACGGCGGCGCGGAGAACAGCAGCAUGGCGACAGGGAGCGCCCCAGGCGGCUUCCCCGGACACGCCAAGAAGACCAAUGGCAAUAGCAGCACCAACGGCGCCCUGGUCCACAGCCCUCCGAACCCCAGUGCCCUGGGCGCAGGGGGCGCCAACGGCAACAGCAGUGCGGCCAGAGUGUGGGGCGUCGCCGCGGGCUCCAGCUCCGGCCUCGCUCACUGCGCGCUGGGCACCGGGGAAGGGAAAAUGGACAGCAUGCUGGCCGAGGGCCGAAGUCAGAACUGCUGGGGCGCUUCCAGCCCCGGCGCGGGCAUGAACCUCAACCUGAACCCGAACGCCAACCCAGCCGCCUGGCCUGUGCUCGGACACGAGGCAGCAGUGGCCACAGGCACCCCUUCCAGUAUUUGCAGUCCAGUCAGUGCCAUCGGUCACAGUGUGGGCCACCAGAACGGGCACCCGCCGGGCACGCUGGGUGCGUGGGGGAGCUUGCUGCCGCCGGAGAGCACAGAGCCACCAGCGCCCGCUUCUCAGACGGCGUCUUUCAGCGCACAACCUCAGAACCUUAACCCUGACGGACCAAGCAACACUAGCGCCGCGAGCUCCUCGCCGAGCCCCGCCACUGCAGUGCAGACCAACGGGCUGCCCAACUGGGGCCUGGCCGUCGGCAUGGGGGCCGUCAUCCCGCCCCACCUGCAAGGCCUUCCUGGUGCUAACGGGUCAUCAGUCUCUCCGGUCGGUGGGGGCGGUGAAGGAAUCGGCAGUUCUGUGUGGGGACUGUCCCCAGGCAACCCUGCCACAGGAAAUAGCAGUUCUGGGUUCAGCCAGGGGAAUGGAGACACUGUGAGCUCAGCACUAAGUGCUAAACAAAACGGAUCCAGCAGUGCUGUGCAAAAGGAAGGGAAUGGGGGGACCGCCUGGGACUCGGGGCCUCCCGCUGGCCCCGGGAUCCUCGCCUGGGGGAGGGGCCGUGGCAAUAACGGCGUCGGGAGUGUCCAGGCGGGAGCGUGGGGCCACCCCAGCCGCGGCACCGCCAACGGUGUGAACGGGGAGUGGGGGAAGCCCCCAAACCAGCAUUCCAGUGGUGACGCCGGCGGGAAAGGACCCACAGGGUGGGGCAGCCCCGGCGUGGGCAGCCAGAACCCUGCCCUGCAGCCCGGCGGGGAGCACGUGAGCUCGUGGGCCAAGGCUGCCUCUUCGGGCGCCCCGGCGAGCGACGGCAGCAGCGAGGGCUCUGGCGGCCACAGUGAAGGAGGCGCCGGCAGGGAAGGGGCCGAAGGCCGGAGGCGAGACAAAGGGGUUCUAGACCAAGGGCACAUCCAGUUGCCAAGGAACGAUCUUGACCCGAGAGUCCUGUCGAAUACUGGCUGGGGACAGACUCCUGUGAAGCAAAACACUGCCUGGGAAUUCGAAGAGUCCCCGCGGUCUGAGCGGAAGAACGACAACGGGACAGAGGCCUGGGGCUGUGCGGCGCCUCAGCCUUCACACUCAGGGGGGAAGGACGAUGGGGCCAUCAUGAGCAGUACAAAUACCUCUUCAGUAUCGGGCUGGGUCAGCUCGCCGCCUGCUGCUGGGCCAGCAAACACAGGCUGGGGGGACGGCAGCGCCAGAGCGCCAAACGGCCCCGGGGUCUGGGGGGACUCCAUCGGCUCUGCUGCUGUUCCUAACGCUGCUGCCGCCAAGAGUGGCCACACGUGGAGUGGGACCGCGAGGCAGGAGGACAAGUCACCCACCUGGGGUGAGCCUCUGAAGCCCAAGUCUCAGAACUGGGGGGACGGACAAAAGCCCAAUCCAGCCUGGAGUGCAGGAGGGGGGGACUGGGCCGACCCCUCUUCCGUCCUCGGGCACCUGGGGGAUGGGAAGAAAACCGGCUCCGGGUGGGAUGCUGACGGCAGCCGGUCAGGGUCUGGCUGGAGUGAUGCUCCCCGGCCUGGGACCGGUGGCUGGGGCAACGGCACGAAUGCAAAGGCGAAUCCCGGGGCAAACUGGGGAGAGUCUUUGAAACCUGGCCCCCAGCAGAACUGGGCAAGCAAACCCCAGGACAGCAGCAUGAGUAACUGGGGAGGAGCCGCUUCCGUGAAACAGACAGGGACGGGGUGGAUCGGGGGGCCGGUCCCUGUCAGACAGAAGGACGGCGGCGAGGCCACGGGCUGGGAAGAACCUUCUCCACCGUCCAUUCGACGCAAAAUGGAAAUUGACGAUGGUACCUCAGCUUGGGGAGACCCGAGCAGCUACAACAACAAAGCUGUCAACAUGUGGGACCGAAACAACCCCGGCCUCCAGGGCAGCGCCACGGCCGCCAGCGCCGCCGCUGCCGGCAGCACCGGCGUGGGUGACCUGCCGGCGCCGCACCCCGCCGGCGCCCCGCUGACCCGAUCGCCGCUGCUGGGUCCAGUUUCCUCGGGCUGGGGAGAAAUGCCUAACAUUCACUCCAAGGCUGAGAACUCCUGGGGAGAGCCUGCCUCCCCGUCUACCCUGGUGGAUAACGGCACAGCAGCGUGGGGCAAGCCGCCCGGCAGCGGCAGCGGAUGGGGAGACCAGCCCCCCGAGCCAGCCGUGACCUUCGGGAGAGCCGGCGUGCCCGCCACCGCCCCAGCCCUGUGCAAACCAGCUUCAAAAUCUAUGCAAGAAGGCUGGGGCAGUGGUGGGGACGACGUGAGCCUCGGCCCCAGUCAGUGGGACGACGAAGAAGGGGGCAUGUGGAACAGUGCUGCCUCCCAGGAAAGCUCCUCCUCCUGCAGCUCCUGGGGGAACGCCCCCAAAAAAGGACUCCAAAAGGGCACGAAAACAUCCGGCAAGCAGGACGAGGCCUGGAUCCUGACCCGGCUCAUCAAGCAACUCACCGACAUGGGCUUCCCGAGAGAGCCAGCUGAAGAGGCCUUGAAGAGUAACAACAUGAACCUCGACCAGGCCAUGAGUGCUCUGCUGGAAAAGAAGGUGGACGUGGACAAGCGUGGACUGGGGGUGACCGACUACAAUGGGAUGGUCACCAAGCCCCUUGGCUGCCGCCCGCCGAUCUCCAAAGAGUCUUCCGUGGACCGCCCCGCCUUUCUUGACAAGGACGGCGGCCUCGUGGAAGAGCCCACGACUUCACCAUUUUUGCCUUCGCCAAGCCUGAAGCCCCCCCUUUCAAACAGUGCACUCCCCAAUCAGGCCCUGGGUGGGAUCGCCUCAGGGCUGGGCAUGCAAAACUUGAAUUCUUCUCGACAGAUACCGAGUGGCAAUCUGGGCGUGUUUGGCAGCAGCGGAGCAGCACAAGCCAGGACCCUGCAGCCGCCGCCGCCGCCCGGGCCGCCGCUGAACCCCUCCCAGCCCAGUCUCCGUGCGCAAGUGCCUCAGUUUCUAUCCCCUCAGGUUCAAGCACAGCUUUUGCAGUUUGCAGCAAAAAACAUUGGUCUCAACCCUGCACUAUUAACCUCGCCAAUUAACCCUCAGCAUAUGACGAUGUUGAACCAGCUCUAUCAGCUGCAGCUGGCGUACCAACGUUUACAAAUCCAGCAGCAGAUGCUACAGGCCCAGCGGAAUGUGUCCGGACCCAUGAGACAGCAGGAGCAGCAAGUCGCGCGUACAAUCACUAACCUGCAGCAGCAGAUCCAGCAGCAGCAGCGCCAGCUGGCCCAGGCCCUGCUCGUGAAGCCGCCGCCUCCCCCGCCGCACCUGUCUCUGCACCCCUCUGCAGGCAAAUCGGCCCUGGACAGCUUCCCCCCGCACCCCCAGGCCCCCGGCCUGCCCGACCUGCAGACCAAAGAGCAGCAGUCUUCGCCCAACACCUUUGCUCCUUACCCUCUCGCUGGACUGAACCCCAACAUGAAUGUCGGCAGCAUGGACAUGACGGGCGGUCUGGCGGUGAAGGACCCGUCUCAGUCCCAGUCGCGCCUCCCUCAGUGGACACACCCCAACCCGAUGGAUAACGUACCCGGUGCUGCUUCUCCUCUCGACCAGAACCCCGGCAAGCACGGUGCUAUCCCUGGAGGUCUGAGCAUUGGGCCUCCAGCUAAGUCCUCCAUGGACGACUCCUAUGGCCGGUACGAUUUAAUCCAGAACAGCGAGUCACCAGCCAGUCCUCCAGUAGCUGUCCCCCAUAGCUGGUCACGUGCCAAAUCCGACAGUGAUAAAAUCUCAAAUGGCUCCAGCAUCAACUGGCCCCCAGAAUUUCAUCCUGGAGUUCCGUGGAAAGGACUUCAGAACAUAGAUCCCGAGAAUGACCCUGACGUCACGCCUGGAAGUGUCCCCACUGGGCCGACCAUCAACACCACCAUACAGGACGUCAACCGCUACCUCCUCAAGAGCGGCGGUAAACUCUCCGACAUGAAAUCGACGUGGUCGUCCGGCCCCGCCUCCCACACGCAAGCCUCUCUGUCUCACGAGCUGUGGAAGGUGCCCAGGAACACGACUGCACCCACGAGGCCGCCCCCGGGGCUGACCACUCCCAAGCCUUCCUCCACCUGGGGAGCCAGCCCCCUCGGCUGGACCAGCUCUUACUCCUCGGGUUCUGCUUGGAGCACCGACACCUCAGGAAGGACCAGCAGCUGGCUCGUUCUCCGCAACCUCACGCCCCAGAUCGAUGGCUCCACCCUCCGGACGCUGUGCCUGCAGCACGGGCCGCUCAUCACAUUCCACCUGAACCUGACGCAAGGCAACGCCGUGGUCCGGUACAGCUCCAAGGAGGAAGCCGCCAAGGCCCAGAAGUCCCUGCACAUGUGCGUUCUGGGAAACACUACCAUCUUGGCCGAGUUUGCUGGCGAAGAAGAAGUGAACCGUUUCUUAGCGCAAGGCCAGGCGCUGCCGCCCACCUCCAGCUGGCAGUCCAGCAGCGGGACCAGCCAGGCGCGGCUCGGGGCCUCGGGCAGCGCCCACGGCCUGGUGCGCAGCGACGCCGGCCACUGGAACGCCCCGUGCCUGGCCAGCAAGGGGAGCAGUGACCUGCUGUGGGGCGGGGUUCCCCAGUACUCGAGCAGCCUGUGGGGCCCGCCCAGCAGCGACGACGGCAGGGUGAUCGGGAGCCCCACCCCGCUGAACACUCUGCUCCCCGGCGACCUCCUGAGUGGGGAGUCCAUCUAGGACCGAGAGGCCCGCGGGCACCAGGCAUCAGCACUAGGAAGAAAAGCUGGCCCUCUCCAGCCCGGCGGCGUGCGGGCCCACUGGCCCCGCAGCCCGCAGCCCUUCCACGUACCUCUGUCCGUACUGAAGACGAACCCUGCACAGCCCUUGCGAACUGUUCCCGAGACAGUGCGGGCUGCGCCAGUGUCACACGCUAAUGACAGGAUGUUCUCAUA